GUUGAAGCGACGCUUCGUGUUGCGACGAGCGGAAGUACACGGAAUCCCUUUGCCUCUCCUUCGUCGCCAACAUGGACAUACGCAGCCCCAAUCGGAGGCAGCGCUCUGUCGUGGACAACCCUGACAAGAAGGACAAGUCUCCAACCCCCAAGAGCAUAUACACCCUCGUGCAUGAUUCCAAGUACGACCUGCAGUUCAUCGACCCCAAGGAAGAACGACACUCCAUCGCGCCAACCGCUCCUCCCAGUUCACUCGGGUUUUCGUCGCCGCAACCCAAGACUCCUCUUAAAGGCACACGAUCUCCCAAGAAGAUCCCCGAGAUUUCUUUGCUCAAGAGUCCUCCCAAAGAGAAGAAGAGCGUAAAAAAGCCAUUACCAGCUGAAGCUUUUGUCGCUCCCAACGCGCCUCCCUCUCUUUCAGCCGCUCCUUCAGUCACUUCUCCAAGCAAGAAGAAUUCUUCGUUGGACUUCUUGCGAAAGACUCUCGUGGUUGAAGCCACAGACUUGUCCAUCGAAGACGUACGAUCCCCAUCCAAGCCGGAUACACUGCAUUCACCAGUCCCUGGCUCCGACAUUACGCCUCAUGACGCACUCCCCGGGACACUGGACGGAACGACGGACGAAGCGCUCAUUCGUGCUGCAGGGCUGCACACCGGUGAAGACGCGAUUUCAUUUUUCGCGCGCAACGGAUCGAGCAGCCAAAUCAAGUUUGUCCACUUGAAUCGUGCGGAGUCGACGUUGCUCUUCCGUCCGUACGACCUCAAGGUUGUAAUGCCCGGUGAUGCGCACCCCGAACACUUUACAAUGUCUGCGAGCGGCCUCGUGCACAUCCAGCCAGGGUCGCCGUCCGAGUUUAUCGCGCUGGCCGAGUGGAUGCGCCAGUCGACACUGUUUAACGUUCUCACGAGCUUUCGCUUUUACAAAUACUACCUCGUGAACAAAGCGUUCAUGGCGUGGAGCACGCGAGUCCGGUAUAAGUUGUUUUGCCGUCAACGCAAGCAGCUGUGCAACUCCCUCUACUUGGGGAAAGAGAGCUUCUCCGCCCCGCUCCUCCAAGUGAACAAGGUCAUGAUGGACCUCCAAAGCGUCCUCCUCCUCGACUUCCGAGCGCAAAAGACGUACGAAGCCAGCGCCUUCGUGGAAUACCAAGCCACCAAGCGCACAGAAGCGUCCAAACAAUUUGAAACGUGUGUCGAGAAGCUGCAGGCGAUUGCGCAAAAGGUGUGUUCGGAUGUCAACAACUUGGCUCGCCAGGCGCACCAUAACGACGACUUGAACGACUUGUCCGUGUCGGUUCACGCAGACAAGACCAAGUCCAUCGUCGCGGCCAAACACGAGCAAAUCCAGCGGCGCAAGCUCCUCAAGCGGGCGGCGGAAGAAGCGUCCAUGUUGUGCGACUUCAUUCGUUUGAUCGAUUACAUUACGACGGAAAACCUUGUGUUGUUAGCAGUCGCGAGUUGCCGCGAAUUUCUCGCCGAAUUGUCCAAAACACCGCGCAAGACCGGGCUGUUCGAAACGACAAUACAUUUUGGCGACUCGGAUACGGUGUUUUCCCCCACGUGCGAGCAAAUCCAGGCAAUUGUCGUGUCCAUGACUGACGACAUUGUGGGCGCCGUCAACUCGGUCUCUCGCAUCAUCUACCUGCGGCCGUUUGCGCAGUACAUGGCGAAUGCCAUCACGGACGGUCCCCACAUUGGCCCCACGAUCACGCAGAGCGUUGAUUUUCAGUCGAUCCGGGCCGAGUUGGUCGCCAAGAUCCAAAACGACUACAUGGAAGCGACCGACUACGUCAAGAUCUUUGACAGCGUCCGUCCAAUCUUUGAGUACGACAAGCAGUGGGACUUUGAGAAUGACUAUUCUCAGCGGACGCACACUGUGACGUCGUUGAAAGCCGAUAUGCUCCAAAUUGCAACGUGGGAAAAGGAACUCGAGAAAAUGCGCGCCGGCCAAACGAUUGGCAUCCUUCACGUCGAGAGCCGUAAACUCAAGCAGAACCUUAUCCCGAUGACCACGGCAAAACUCGACGCGAUGAAGGGCCUCGUGAAAGAUCAAGCUCGCGCCAAAUGCAAACUCCAGCUGAGCGAAUACAAGCAGCGUAUUCAAAUGCUCAGCCAACGGCCUCAGCACUUGAAGGAGUUUGCCGCGCAUGUCGAGCGCGUCCAAGGGCUCAAGCAAAAGCAAAAGGCACUCGUGAAAAACACCAACGUCGUCGACGAAAUGUACCGUCUGUUGAGCAACUACGGCGUUCGCAUCAGCAGCGAAGACAUGGUUCAACUCGACGACCUACGCAGCGUCCAGGAAAGCUAUAAAGAAGAAACGGACGCCGUCGAGGUAUUUAUCCAAAGCAAGCUAAGCGAAAUGACGCAGCAACUCGACUCGAACAUUGCUCGUCUUGACGAGCAAACCGUGCAACUCAACGAGCAACUCCAAACGGGGGUGUUCAUCGACGUGACCAACUUUGACGAGACUAACAUCGUUCUCGGGGAACUCGACGUUGUCAAACAACGUCUGGCGCAGCUGGAGGAACUGUCCAAGCAAUAUUCCGAGUACCAAACGCUGUUCAACAUUGACCCGUACAACUACAUCAACUUGACGACUACGAUGGACUACUACAACACAGUCGAGACGCUGUGGACGGCCGUAGAAAAGUGGAACGAACAACAACGCCAUGUGCUGCACAACCCGUUCGUGGACAUUCAAGUCGAAGAGCUGGCCAAGGACGUCGCGGUGGCGUUUAAGGACGCGUACGCCAUGCACAAGAAGCUCAGCAACGAUGUCACGGCAUUGCUCAAGGACAAAGCUGCUGAGUUCAAGCUGAAAAUUCCAACGAUCUUGGAGCUCGGAUCGCCGAGCAUGAAGGAUCGACACUGGGAAAAAAUUUACAAGGCGCUCAACCAGCCGUGGUACCCUGGAAUUGCUUUCACCUUGGACAACUUGAUUUCGUACGACAUCUUUGAAUUCAAGGACUUGGUGUCCGAGAUCUCGGCGACCUCGUCGGGAGAGGCUCAGAUUGAAGCGUCGCUGAACAAGAUCAAGAUUGGAUGGGAAGAGACCAAGUUUACUUGCAUCCCGCACCGCGAUUCCAAAGACAUGUUCAUACUGGGAGGGUUGGAAGAUAUUUUGAUGCUGCUUGAGGACAACCAGGUGACGCUGCAAACGAUGAUGGGGUCUCGCUUUAUCAUGGGCGUGAAAGACGAAGUCGAUCGGUGGAACAAGAAACUCGCGCUCCUGUCAGAGACGCUCGAUGAAUGGGUGACAUGCCAACGCAACUGGAUGUACUUGGAAACGAUUUUCUGCGCUGAGGACAUUCAAAAGCAGCUCCCGAUCGAAGCGCAAAAGUUCCAACUAGUCGACAAAAAUUGGCGCACCACGAUGGGCCGUACAAACGACGACCCAUCCGUACUCAAGGCGGUCGAGAACGGAUCCGAAAUGCUCGACCAGUUCAAAGUGUCGAACCAGUUGCUCGAGGAAAUCCAAAAGUCGUUGGAAGACUAUUUGGAAACAAAGCGCAUGGCGUUCCCACGGUUCUACUUUUUGUCCAACGAUGAACUGCUCGAGAUCCUCAGCCAAACGCGGGACCCACGCGCAGUCCAGCCCCACUUGAGCAAGUGCUUUGAUGCAGUCAAAUCAGUGCACUUUGAGACCCUCCCCGGACAAUCCAUGCCAAGCAAUCGCAUCACGGCCAUGGUGAGCGCCGAAGGAGAGCGCGUGACGUUUCCCAACAUUGUCGUUGCCCACGGGCCGGUCGAGACGUGGUUGCUUGAGGUCGAGAAAGCCAUGCGGGACAGUUUGUACACCGAGUCGUACGCGUCGUUCAAAGCGUACCCAGUAGAGCAUGCCAUCGACCGGAAGGAAUGGCUGUUUGCGUUUCCAUCGCAAGUGAUCAUCAUGAUCGACCAAGUGUUUUGGACCCGCAACGUUGGGGUCGCGAUUCUCCAAGUAGAACGGCAUGAAAACGGUCAAGCCGUCGAAGAAUUUUUGCAAUUCAGCCUCAAGCAAAUCGACGGCAUGGUGACGCUGGUGCGCAGUGACUUGACCAAGCUCCAGCGCAGUCUGAUGGGAGCGCUCAUUACGAUCGACGUCCACGCGCGAGAUGUCGUCCGAUCGCUGUGUGCCAACAAAGUGUCAUGCCUGACCGACUUUGAAUGGACUCGUCAGCUUCGGUACUACUGGGAAGAAGAUAUCAACAACUGCGUCGCACGCCAGACCAACACGCGAUUCGUGUACGCGUACGAGUACUUGGGCAACACGCCGCGUCUGGUCAUCACACCACUCACCGACAUUUGUUAUAUGACGUUAACUGGUGCACUGCACUUGCGUCUCGGGGGAGCACCUGCAGGACCUGCCGGAACCGGUAAGACGGAAACGACCAAGGAUUUGGCCAAGGCACUGGCCGUGCAGUGCGUCGUAUUCAACUGCUCGGACGGUUUGGACUACAAGAUCAUGGGUCGGUUCUUCUCGGGGCUCGCACAAGCCGGGGCCUGGGCGUGCUUUGACGAAUUCAAUCGAAUCGACAUCGAAGUGCUCAGUGUGAUUGCCCAGCAGGUCCUUUGUAUCCAACAGGCCAUCAUUUGCAACGCCGAACAGUUUGACUUUGAAGGAAAACUCAUCCGACUCAACACCGGGUUUGGUGUCUUUAUCACGAUGAACCCGGGGUACGCUGGGCGAACGGAACUGCCGGACAACCUCAAAGCGCUGUUCCGACCGGUCGCGAUGAUGGUCCCAGACUACCGUUUGAUCGCCGAAAUUGUCUUGUUCUCGGAAGGAUUUGCCAACGCGCUUCCGCUGUCGCACAAGAUGACGCAGCUAUACUCGCUGUCGUCGGAGCAAUUGUCGAAACAAGAUCAUUAUGACUUUGGUAUGCGCGCCGUCAAGUCGGUGCUCGUGGCUGCCGGACAGCUCAAGCGAAAGUGGCCAGAGACCCAUGAAGAUUUGCUUUUGAUUCGGGCGAUGCGAGACUCGAACGUCCCCAAGUUUCUCGAAGCGGAUUUGCCCUUGUUCCGUGGGAUCAUCAGCGAUUUGUUUCCAGGCGUUGUCGUGCCGUUUGUUGACUACGGCGUCCUGCAAAAGGCCAUUGAGACACAGUUGGCGCUUCUGAACCUGCAACAAGUCAACUCGUUCGUGGCCAAGACGAUUCAAGUCCACGAAACGCAACUCGUGCGCCAUGGCAUGAUGUUGGUCGGGGAGGCGGGCAGCGGCAAGUCAACCAAUGCUCUGAUUUUGUCCAAGGCGUUGACGGCAUUGCACGAACAAGGCGUGGUCGAUCGCGACGGAUUUUACAAGGUCGUGACACGCCUCAUCUUGAAUCCCAAGAGCAUUUCGGCGGGCCAGUUGUACGGUGAGUUCAACUUGCUCACGUCCGAGUGGACCGAUGGUCUUGUGCCAAAACUUGUCCGGCAAGCCGUCGCGGAAGCGAGUGAGAGCGACGCUCGAAACUGGGUCGUGUUUGACGGACCCGUCGAUGCUGUAUGGAUUGAAAACAUGAACACCGUCCUGGAUGACAACAAAACACUCUGCUUGGCCAAUAGCGAACGCAUUAAGCUGCCAUCUACGCUGCACAUGUUGUUUGAAGUCCAAGACCUUCGCGUGGCCUCGCCCGCCACCGUCAGUCGCUGCGGCAUGGUAUACAUGGAGCAGGUCCACGUCGGGCUCAUCUCGGUUGCUCGCACGUGGAAAGUCAACGUGCUGGACAAGAUCCUGACGUCCGAAUUUGCGGCGAUCGUGCUCGAAUUGGUUGAGAUCCACGUGCCUGCAGCCAUUCAAUUUGUCCGGACAAAGUGCCGUGAAAAGGUGCCGAGCAACAACGGGAACCUCAUGCAAUCGUUCUUGAACUUGCUUGCGUCGUGCUUGUCGGCGCCGUCGGUGGCUACCAGUACAGCCAACAACACGGCGGACAUGGGAACGCUGGCGCGGAUGUACUUUGUCUUUUCUCUCGCGUGGAGCGUCGGGGCCAACAUUGACGACGCUUCUCGGUCAAAGUUUCACCAGUUCUGCACGGAGCAGCUCGGGCCAUUGUUCGACUACGUCGGGAACGUCGACAACGUGUACAAUUAUGCCGUCGACGACACAAACGGGACGUGGGUGUCGUGGCUGCACCGGACGCCGCACUUCACGUACGACCCGAAAGCGUCCUACUUUGCUAUGCUCGUGCCAACACAAGAUACAACGCGGUUCCGUUUCCUCCUGGAGCGACUCAUGUCGAAUGGCCACCAUGUUCUCUACAGCGGCGAGACGGGAGUCGGCAAGUCGGUCAUCAUCCAGUCGUUUCUUGACGACAUGGCCAAAACCGACUCGUUCGUGGCGUCUACGAUGGGGUACAGUGCCCAAACAAAGCCAGCCAACCUGAAUGAAAUGCUCGAACUCAAGCUCGAGAAAAAACGCAAGAAUUUGCUCGGAGCGCCGCACGGAAAGAAGAUGCUCAUGUUUAUUGACGACCUCAACAUGCCGGCAUUGGAAGUGUAUGGUGCACAGCCACCGAAUGAACUCCUUCGCCAAGUCAUCGAUUCCGGUGGAUUCUACGACAUUGAAAAGAUGUUUUUCAAGAACGUAGUCAACGUUGUCUUUGCCGCUGCAUGCGCGCCGCCGGGUGGCGGACGGUCUGAAGUCACUCCCCGCCUCCUUCGGCUUUUCCACAUGUGCUGGAUCCCCAACUUGUCGGCAGACGCCAUGACACAGAUCUUUGUCUCGAUUCUCAGCGGGUUUCUCGACGUGGAAAUACCGACCCUAAGCCACAUGUCGACCGCGAUCGUGUCUGCCAGUGUCCAACUCUACCAGCGCGUCGAAGCUGAGCUCCUGCCGACGCCGUCCAAGUCGCACUACACGUUCAACUUGCGCGACUUGUCCAAAGUGUUCCAAGGCGUGCUCAUGGUGAAAAAAGUCAACGCGUCGACAGCCGAGGCCCUCGUUCGUUUGUGGCUCCACGAAGAAGCGCGAGUGUUUCGCGAUCGGCUGAUCGACGCCACCGAUCGCGCGUGGUUUAACUCCGCCUGCUCGACGUUGUUGGAAACUCACCUAAAACUGACGUGGGAGCCUGUGACGUUCGAAGCUUGUCUCUACGGCGACUUUACAACCCGCGAAAAUCGGACGUACGCAGAGAUGACCGACAUGGGACAGCUCAACGGUCUACUACUCGAGUACUUGGAGGAGUACAACAUUACGUUUCCGAGCCAGAUGCAUUUGGUUUUUUUCAACGACGCGAUUCACCACAUCAGUCGCAUUUGCCGAAUUUUACGACAACCGCGAGGCAACGCCCUGUGCGUGGGUGUCGGUGGCAGUGGGCGACAAAGUCUGACACGUCUUGCUGCGUUCAUGGCCGACUACAAGUGUUUUUCGAUCGAAAUCACUCGUGGGUACGGCACAGACGAGUUUCAUGAAGACUUGAAGAAGAUCCUCAUGGUGGCUGGCGCCGAGGCCAAGCCGGUUGUGUUUCUCUUCAGCGAUACCCAAAUCGUCGUCGAGUCGUUCUUGGAAGACAUCAACAACAUAUUAAACACAGGCGACGUCCCCAACUUGUACGCAGCGGACGAAAUGGAAAAGAUCGUGAGCAUGGUGCGCCCGAUCGCAGCAGCUAUGGGCAAAGUCACACGGGAAGACAUUGUUGCGCACUAUUUGACGUUGGUGCGUGAAAACUUGCACUUUGUUCUGGCAUUCUCUCCGAUCGGAGCGGGGUUCCGCAAUCGCUGCCGCAUGUUUCCGUCGUUGGUCAACUGCUGCACGAUCGAUUGGUUCAACGCAUGGCCCGAAGACGCGCUCCACUCGGUUGCGAUUCGAUUUUUGGCCGCGUCCGCGGAAGAACUGGGCAUCGACAAACAUGUCGAGACGUUGUGCAACAUGGCCGUGACGAUCCAUCGAAGCGUCGAAGCGGCGACAGCCAAGUACUUCAAGGAGCUCAAGCGGCAAACAUACACAACACCGACAUCGUACUUGGAGCUCAUUCGACUGUAUGUCGACAUGCUGCGGACGCAGCGUGGACUAGUCAAGGCGAAAGAAGCUCGGUAUCGUGGCGGUUUGAAAAAGCUCGCGGAAACCGAAGAGAUUGUCGGGAAUCUCAAAAAGGAAUUGAUCGUACUCCAGCCCGUGUUGGUCAAGUCGCAGCAAGAAACAUCAGAGUUGCUCACGCAAGUUGCGAAGGACCAAGAGGAGGCGGACAAGCAGCAAGUCCUGAUUGAAGCGGACGUGAGCGCUGCCAAUGCGAUUGCUGACGAAGUCAAGUUGAUCAAGGACGACUGUCAAAAAGAUCUGGACGAGGCCAUGCCGGCAUACUAUGCCGCCAUCGGGGCGUUGAAUUCGCUCAAGAAGGACGACAUCACGGUCGUCAAGUCAUUUGCGAACCCGCCCAAGAUGGUCGGCGUCACCAUGAACGCAAUUUGCCUGCUCUUUGGCGUCAAGCAAGAGUGGAACGAAGGGAAGAAGCUUCUGAACGACAUGAAGUUUUUGGACAAGCUCAAGGAAUUUGAUAAGGACAACAUCCCUCCAAAAACUAUUCGACAGCUCGCCAAGUUUGUUCAGGACGAAGAGUUCACUCCCGAGAAUCUGGCGAGCAUCUCGUCCGCCGCCACGUCGCUGUGCAUGUGGGUUCGAGCAAUGUACACGUACGAUUCUGUGGCCAAGAACAUUGGCCCGAAGAAGGAAAAGCUCAAGAGCGCCGAAGCCACGCUUGCAACGGAACAAGCCAAACUCGAAAUCAAACAGUCGGGGCUUAACGAAGUGCUAGCCAAAGUCGCCGGCCUCAAGCGCACACUCCAGGAAGCGCAGACGAAAAAAGCCGAACUCGAGGCCCAGACAGCGUUGACCCAGGCGCAGUUGGUUCGCGCAGAGAAGUUGAUUGACAGUCUGGGCGAAGAGAAGGGGCGGUGGCUCGAAUGCGCCGAAAAUUUAGGCCACGACAUGAUCAACUUGGUCGGCAACAUGAUCCUGAGCUCUGGGUGUAUUGCGUACAUGGGUCCGUUCACCGCCGAGUUUCGAUACGACAUGCAGCAAAUGUGGGUGAGAUUUUGCAAGGAAUCGCAGCUUCCCGUCGACAACAACUUCAGUCUGGAGCGGAUCUUGAGCGAUCCCGUCGUCGUACGCGAGUGGAAUAUCAUGGGGCUGCCUGCGGACGCGUUUUCCACAGAAAAUGGACUGUUUGCCACCAUGGGACGACGGUGGCCGCUCAUGAUCGAUCCGCAAGGCCAAGCCAACAAGUGGAUCAAGAACAUGUACAAAACGAUGAACCUGCAAAUCAUCAAGCUGACCGAAAAGGAUUUUCUCCGAACUCUGGAAAACGCCAUUCGGUACGGCAUGCCUGUGCUACUCGAGAACGUCGAAGAGGAACUGGAUCCGAGCUUGGAACCUGUGUUGCUCAAGCAAGUAUUCAAGCGGUCCGGACAAAAUCUGUUGCAUUUGGGCGACUCGGACAUCCCGUACUCGGACUCGUUCCGAUUUUACAUCACGACCAAGCUGGCAAACCCGCACUACAUGCCUGAAGUGUGCAUCAAGGUCACGGUUAUCAACUUUACCGUGACGUUGACAGGGCUCGAGGACCAGCUGCUGGUUGACGUCGUGCGGAAUGAGCGGCCAGACUUGGAGCAAAAGAAGGACGAGCUUACGGUCGCAAUUGCCGCUGACAAGAAGGCACUCAAGGAGAUUGAGGACAAAAUCCUAUACAUGUUGGAAAACUCCAAGGGCAACAUCCUGGACGACGAAGAGCUCAUCGACACGUUGAGUCACAGUAAGGUCACAUCGAGCGCGAUCAAGACGCGCAUGUCGGAAGCUGAAAUCACGUCGAAAGAAAUCAACAGCACGCGCGAGGGGUACCGUUGCGUGGCCGUGCGGGGCUCCAUUAUAUACUUUGUCAUCGCCAACCUGGCGCUGGUCGACCCCAUGUACCAGUACUCGCUCCAGUACUACCAAAAGCUGUUUGUCAUGCGACUCGAGUUGAGUGAAAAGUCUGAAGCACUCCAAGCCCGCCUCGACAUCUUGAUGAACGACGUCACGAGGAGCAUGUUUGUAAACGUGUGCCGGGGGCUGUUUGAGAAAGACAAAGUCGUGUUUGCGUUCAUGAUUGUCGCCUCGAUUUUGCGCCAACGCCAUGCAAUCUCGCCGGCCGAGUGGACCUUUUACCUCAUCGGGGCCAAACGAACACACGCGCUCGACGCAACGCGCAAACCAAAGUGGCUCCCGGAGCGCGUCUGGAUCGGCGUGGAAUCACUCAUGGAAGUGAACCCGGUCGCGUUUGAAACGUUACCCGUGUCGCUCGUGGAGUACAGCGAAACCUGGCGCGAAACGAUCUUGUACUCGGAGUUGCCGCAUCAAGAGCCCAUUCCCGGCGAGUUGAACGAAGCGCUGACGAAUUUCCAAAAGCUCCUUGUGCUGCGCGUCUUCCGGGAAGAAAUGCUUGUGUUUGGGACGCGCGAAUUUGUCGGGAGGGAAGCGGGGCCGUUCUUCACAGAGUCCCCACCGUUCGAUCUGAAAGGAUGUUACUCCGACUCGGCCCCAGACAUUCCGCUUAUUUUUGUGCUCAGUCCCGGUGCCGACAUCACUGACUACCUCCUGGAGCUCGCCAAAAACGAAGGCAAGGACGGCGCUGGCUUGAAAAUCAUUUCACUCGGCCAGGGUCAAGGUCCAAUUGCUGAAGCAUUGAUGAAGACGGCGCGAGAUACAGGAGACUGGGUCUGCCUGCAAAACUGCCACUUGGCCGUGAGCUGGCUCGGCAAACUCGAGCAGAUUCUGGAAAAGAGCAAGGAGCUCGAGCUGCACCCGCAGUUUCGUCUGUGGUUGACGAGUAUGCCAAGCUCCAAGUUUCCAGUGCCGAUUCUUCAGAACGGCAUCAAGAUCACCAACGAGCCGCCAAAAGGGAUGCGCGCCAACUUGGGCCGGACGUUCCUCGACAUGAAGGAUGCCGACUACGAGGGGUGCUCCAAGCCCCGCGAGUACAAAAAGUUCAUUUUCGCACUCGCGUUCUACAACGCGCUGUGUUUGGAGCGGCGCAAGUUUGGCGCGGUCGGGUGGAAUAUCCCGUACGAGUGGAUGAACUCGGAUUUGAAAACGGGUAUGCAACAAGUCAAGUUGUACUUGGAAGAGCAGGAGGAGGUGCCGUUCGUUACGCUCAACGUAAUGGUCGCCGACAUCACGUACGGCGGGCGCAUCACGGACCGAUGGGACAAACGAACCAACUCGUCCAUCAUGCGCAAACUCUUUCAUGAAAAUCUCCUGGACGACGCGUAUCGAUUCGCGUCGUCCAACACGUACUUUGCCCCGGCGACUGGCACCCUCGAAGACACUCGCAAGUACGUGGCCAGUUUGCCCAUCGUGGACGCCCCCGACAUCUUUGGGCUCCACGCCAAUGCCGACAUCACGUUCCAGCAGAAAGAGACGAGCCAGCUGAUCUCGACGAUGUUGCUCAUGAUGGGAGGUGGAGGUGGUGGCGGCGCCGAAGCCAACGACAACGACUCGGUCGUGAUGGAGUUGGUCGUGUACGUUCAAGACCGGAUGCCAGUCAUGUUUGACGAAGCUCGCGGCCACCCCGACAGCUUCAAAGAAACGAGUGGAAGUCGCAACUCGCUUGGGGUGUUCCUUGGCCAAGAAAUGAUUCGAUUCAACGGGCUAAUGAAGGUCAUGAAGACGACGCUCGAGAACUUGAAGCGUGCGAUCAAGGGACUUGUCGUCAUGUCCGGUCCGCUCGAGCGCAUGUACAACGGAUUCCUCUUGCAGAAAAUUCCCAAAGAGUGGGAGGACGCCGGGUACCCGUGCUUGAAGCCGCUGAGCUCGUGGGUCGAAGACUUUUUCCGACGGCUCGACACGAUGAACUCCUGGCUUGUCGAAGGGCCACCUCAGUCGUUCUGGCUGCCUGGCUUCUUCUUUCCCCAGGGGUUCAUGACAGCCGUCAAGCAAGUUUACUCUCGCCAGCACCAGAUAGCAAUAGACGCGCUCAUCGUGACGUGCGAGGUCAUGCCGUACGGCGUCGAAGGGGUCAAGGCGCCGCCUGCAUUCGGGUGCUACAUCUCAGGUCUAUUUAUGGAAGGCGCGCGGUUCGAUCGGACGUCCAUGCGUAUCGGCGAGUCGACGCCUGGAGAACUCUUUGACAAGAUGCCGGUCGUGUGGCUCAAGCCCAUGCGCAGCGUCGAGUACAAGCCCAAGAACGUAUACGAGUGUCCGCUCUACAAGACGUCAACUCGGGCGGGAACUCUGUCGACAACCGGCCACUCGACCAACUUCGUCGUGGCGCUUGACAUCCCGACCAAGCAACCGCCAGACCACUGGAUUCGCCGCGGAUGCGCCAUGUUGUGCAUGUUGGAUACGUAG